UUUUUCUGAUGCUGCAUAUAAAUGAAUAUACAAGUGUGUAUAAUUAAAAAUGAUUGUAGAUAUAUAAUAAUGUAGAUAUAUAUAUUGUAGAUGUAUAAUAUAGAGGCUAAUAGUAUUCGCAUCAAAUGUUAUUUUUAUUUUACAAAUGCGAAUCAUCGUAGACGAACGAAUAAGAAGAUAGAAUAUCGCGAAGAAGUGUAUAAAUGCGUGUACGAUUAUAAGGAUCACGUCGCUCGUCGCCUCAAUCUUAUCACUAUCCGCGACCGUAUAUUCGCGCCUGCCUCGACUGACAUGAAUAACCAAUGAAAGUGUACGUAACUGUGUGCUGCGAAUGUGCAUAACAAUGUCCGAAAUUUGUAGCUAAUGCCCAACACUAGGAAACAAAUCCACAAAUAAUCUUUAGUGGAGCUGCAAGCUUUUCGAGAAAUUGAAAAACCAAGCCACUCAUCAUUUCACGUACAUAGAAGGAUAUCUAAGAGCGCAAAGUUAGGUCAAUCGUCCGAUAAUUGGAGCCAUUUUUGCGAGCACUUUCCGCUCUAUAUACGGCGCGCGUAGUACAUUUUUGCAAGGUACCGCGAUCUAAUACGAUUUUGAAUUACGGACGUUUGUCGUUGCCGUUUUGAAUGCUGGUAUCAAUUACUGUCGGUCACGGCAAGAUUUUGUUCUCUCUCUAUCUCUCUCUAAGUCCAAUCGGUACACAGCUCUUCAGUUUUUCCAGCUAAUGCGAGCAAACUGCAAAGUAAUCCUUGAAUUUCGGAUGAGUAUCGAUCGAAGACUUCAUAUCCUCUGUUUACAUCGUCGACGCGUAAGUGAGUAAGGGUGACUGUCUGUAUCUAUCCUUCGCAACACGUUUGCCCCAAGUUGUACCAAAGCUUUCGCUCUCUCAAAUUUUCUCAAAGCAAUUCAGCAUCAUUGUGAGGCGGACAAAGAUUACCAAUUUCGAAACCGUCGCUGCAAUAAAAAUCUCACAUUGUCAUCGGCCACGAACAAGUAAAAACCUUUCUAUGAAAUUCUUUGUUUUUCAGCGGCGCUCCUGAGAUGUUUGGCGCAUCUCUAAGCGCAUCAUCGGUGACUGGUUAUUUUUUGUAUUGUGAAAUAAAUCCACGGACGCCCACCACGAUGACGCGAUAGUAAUACAAAACGGGGCAGCGAAUCGUUGCAGUACAGGUACGAGCGAAGCACGCACGCAAUGCUACCAGGCUAACAAGAUGAUAGCAAUGUGUUUUAAGAAUGGAGACUUUGGCAAUGACUUGCAAUCUGUGGACAACGGUUUAUCUCUGUAUCGGGUACUCUUGUAAGAAGACGAUCCAGAGAACGCCAAGCGACGUCGCGUGCACGGUGUAUUACACCUACCUCUGGAUAUACACAUUGUCUCGCGUUGAAUAACAUUCAGAGUAAAGACGAUGCAGCACGGCGAUCACGGACGAGUAGGCUUAACCGCAAGUUUCAGGUGUAGAGGACCGACUACGUAUCAUUAGCGCAACCGCCUAGAAGCUUCCACACCCUCGCCUGCCAUUUCUGCUAGCCUUGUCAUUACACAAGUUGUGCUGUCAGCGAGGCGCCGUGCAGUUCCAGUUAUGCGAUCUUGCAUUGCAACGGCGAAUCCCUUUUGAUGCUCGCGGAGGUGGGGGCUUUUGCAGCUUUCUCGGUCGAAACGCGAGAGAUCCGAUGCCGUCGACGCGGCGCUCGUGAUUUCUUAUUCGGAUCGCCUCCACAGCCCCCUGUGGUAAAACGCUAUAUCGAGUGCUUUGUUUUGUCGCUUCUCGAGAAUCACGUCGUCUCUUGCAAGUAGGCGUACUCUUCGGAAAGAUUCGAGGUCGUUAUCGUGAUGAAAAUACCGAUUUACAAAAAAAGACAAUAUCGAUGUAUACUUUGCUUAUCUUUGAAUUCAUUGAAUCCUUCGCGAAGCAAAGUUUCGUCGAAUGUCAAUGGUUUUUCAGCGACGUUAUUCGGAAAAGCGCCAAAAACUACAGUGAAAUAAGUGCUCAGCUUCGUUCGCUACCUUCUCCAUUCGUAAUCGAUUUAUCGUGAUUGCACAGUUCUACGUAUGUUCCGGAGUCUACUGAAAUAUAUGUAUUAAAAAAAAAUGUUGGCGAUCGCAGGUGGCAUUCUGGUCUACCGUGCAUUCGUAAAUUAUUCACAGCAAGUUGCACCGAAGUUGGCCCGCAAUGCGAAACUUGCGCGGCUCUCGACGCGGCCCCGAUGAGAUGAUGGAGCGCUAUAGUUCGGCAGUCAACUCGAAUCGCGCAUCCAGUCGUCGCCGGCGACAUGCGAGCCUUCGAUUUGAACAACAAGUUCUUCGUGCUCACCGGCCUGUGGCCGUACGAGUACAGAACGAGGAUCGCCAGGCGGAGGCUCUUCUUCGGGGGGCCCGUGCUGCUGUCCGUGCCCCAGGCAAGUAUGCGCACGAAGCACCACCGGCGAGGACACGUCUCAUUCGAGCGCGCUCCUCAGCUGGUCAGCGCGAUAGCUCACCGCGAGGACGUGGACAGAGUGAUGACGGACCUCCUCGUUUUCCUCGUCGUGGUGAUCUACUGGUUCAAGAUGCUGGCGCUGAUCGCGACGGAGGAGAAGGUGGGCCGCGACUAUAAAAAAUCCGAUUGUCAGACGAGAGCUCUGUGCGACGGCUUGGGGGACGACUGGGCGACGAUCCGGGACGCGCGGGAAAGGGCAAUACUCGACGAGUAUGCCGAAAGAGGCAGAGCGCUGUCGAUUUUGUACGCCGGUGAGCAACGAGUACACAUUAUUUGCACCGCGCGAGCUCGGCGGAGUUUGGUCUCCGACGCUAUCCUCUUUCCAGUCCGGAUAGCCUCGGCCGGCACGUCGAUGGCACUGUCGCCGUUGAUCCCCAAAAUCUUGGACAAGCCAAGUCCGCUGCCGGAACCGCGAGCCAACAUUUACGUGCUGCACGGCGAAUUCCUCGUCGACGCGGAUACGCACUUCGCGCAGCUGUUCGUCUGCGACGCCGUCAUCAUUGCGCUCGUCACAUUGGGCGACAUGGCCGUGGACGCCAUGUACCUGGCUUCCUGUCAACACUGCUGCGCGCUGUACGCGAUUGCGAGGUGAGCUCGUAC